AUGAGGUAUGAAGUUUUCUUGUUUUGGUAAAGUCAUGGCUUUCUUUUCCUCCUCUAUUCUCUCCUUUUCUACUUUAUUCUUGUUUAUGUUGGGAAUAGCUUCUGCUCAGCUAUCAUCCAACUUCUAUUCAAAUUCUUGCCCUACGGCUCUCUCUAUAAUUCGAGGCGCAGUAAACACUGCAGUGUCCAAAGAGAAUCGUAUGGGGGCCUCGUUACUCCGCCUCCAUUUCCAUGAUUGCUUUGUCAAUGGUUGUGAUGCAUCUGUGUUGUUGGAUGACACCACCAGUUUCAAAGGAGAGAAGACGGCGAGGCCCAAUGCCAACUCAUUGAGAGGAUAUGAUGUGAUUGACACCAUUAAAUCUCAACUUGAAAGGGAAUGCCCUGGAGUUGUGUCUUGUGCUGAUAUUUUAGCUGUUGCAGCUCGUGAUUCUGUUGUUAAGUUGCAUGGCACUACAUGGACCGUUCCAUUAGGCAGAAGAGAUGCAACCACAGCUAGUUUUGAUGAUGCCACAAAAAACCUCCCUUCCCCCACUUUAAAUCUUACUGCUCUUAAAUCUGCAUUCAGCAACAAGGGUUUUACUGCUUCAGAAAUGGUGACUCUCUCAGGAGGGCACACCAUAGGUCAAGUACAAUGCAGUGUAAUUCGGGAUCGUAUCUAUAAAGAGAAUAAUAUAGAUUCAAACUUUGCGGCAUCAAUAAAGAAAAACUGCCCGAGUACAGGCGGAGAUACUAAUUUAUCUCCUCUUGACCAAACAACUGGAGUUUUUGAUAACACUUAUUUCAAGGAUUUAGUGAACAAAAAGGGCCUUAUGCACUCAGAUCAACAGCUCUUCAAUGGUGUCUCCACAUAUUCCCAAGUGAACACCUAUAGCCAGAACUCAGCAAAGUUCUUCUCUGAUUUUGGGUGUGCCAUGAUAAAAAUGGGAAACCUCAGCCCACUUACUGGCUCAAAAGGAGAGAUCAGAACCAAUUGCAGGAAGACUAAUUGAUAUUAAGAAACUUUUUUAUUUAUAUAAUUACUUUUAGUUAUUACACAUGGUUAAAAAAAUAUAUAUGACCGAUCAUGAUUAGUUUCCAUACCCGACCUCACAAUAGUCUCCAUAAGGAUUGAUUGUUAUAGGUAACUAUACAUAUGCCUAAAACUAGGUCCACUUGUAGCUUUAUAAAAGUAUAAAGUUACUCAAAAGAGAAUUAAUAAAGUGGAUUGUUCCAUAUUUGUCUUCUAUA